ACUGGGAGAUUGACAUCAUAGUAGUGAAUGGAAGAAACAACACUGAAUUUUCAUUUUGUCACAUCAUGUCCUAUACUAUGAUUUGGCUUUCCCUCAUCAUUGGACUCAUUGGACUCGUUGGAAACGCCAUAGUGCUGUGGCUUCUGGGCUUCCAUGUACAGAGGAACGUCUUCUCUGUCUACAUCCUCAACCUGGCUGGUGCUGACUUUCUCUGCACGUGUUUUCAAAUUGUACAUUGUAUUCAUAUUAUCUUGGACACCUUCUACCCCAAUAUCAUUACCACUCCUCUGUUUUAUUUUGUUCUGUUAAACUUUACUUAUCUUUGUGGCCUGAGCAUGCUCAGUGUCAUUAGCUUUGAACGCUGCCUGUCUGUCAUGUGGCCCAUCUGGUAUCGCUGCCAACGCCCAAGGCACAUGUCAGCUGUCAUGUGUACUCUGCUUUGGGUCUUGUCACUGCUGCUGAGCAUCCUGGAAGGGAAGGAAUGUGGUCUCAUAUUUGAUAGUCUUGGCCCUGGUUGGUGUCAGUCAUUUGAUUUCAUCACUGCAGCAUGGUUAAUUGUUUUGUUUGUAGUCCUCUUGGGAUCCAGUCUGGCGUUAGUGUUUACUAUCUUCUGUGGCUCACACAGGAUUCCUGUGACCAAGCUAUAUGUGACCAUUGUGUGCACAGUGCUGGUUUUCCUGCUCUUUGGUCUGCCUUAUGGCAUCUACUGGUUCCUCUUAUCAUGGAUUGAGAAUUUUAAAUAUCUUGCGCCUUGUUAUUUUUAUCCAGGGACAAUAUUUCUGUCCUGUUUCAACAGUUGUGCCAAUCCUAUCGUUUAUUUCAUUGUGGGUUGUAUUAGGCAUCGUAGAUUCCAGAGGAACAGUCUCAAGCUGCUUCUGCAGAGAGCCAUGCAGGACACUCCUGAAAAAGAAGGAUGUGGAGAGGAUGCUUCUUCAGGAAGAGCUAGAGAAGAAAACAGUUGGACAGCGACUCAGAGCUGCUUUGAUUAGGCAGAAGUAGCUUUAAGAAAUAACUUUGUUCUUCUUAGUUUGUGGCAUUUUUUCAUAACCUUGCUUAGUAAAAGCUGAUCAAUACUGAACUUGUUAUACAAAUACU